GAGCGCAUAUGCUCUCUUCUUAUUCCCUCCCGAGAAUAUACUCAGGGGGAGGAGGAGGAGGAGGAGGCGGAGGAACAGCAGGAGCUCUUCGAACUCCUCUCCGAUCCCUAUCUUGUUUGGGUUUGUGGAAGUGGAACCAUAGGAAUCGGCAAUAUGGUUCCCACCGAUUCGCUGCUGUGCACGAAUCGUCUCACUUUGUUCUCGCCCUCCGCGCCGUCGGCGCGGUUCCGUUGCCUGCCUGCUCCAUCGAUUUCCCUGUCGUCAUCUUCCUUUCCGGCGGAGCUGCGUCUGAUAUUGUGGCGGGGAGCGCGGAGAGUUGAGGGCUAUGCGGGGAAGCGGAAAGAGAUGACGGCGGAAGAAGUAAAGGAGGUGGAGGUGGAGGAGGACGUGGUGCCUCCGUUAGUGCAGGAUGAGGAGGCUAUCUUUAAGCCUCGCCGGAUUGCUCUCUUUGUGGAGCCUUCCCCUUUCGCGUACAUUUCUGGAUACAAGAAUCGUUUCCAGAAUUUCAUCAAAUAUCUGCGUGAAAUGGGGGACGAGGUAAUGGUGGUGACCACACAUGAAGGAGUUCCUCAAGAGUUCUAUGGUGCAAAGGUUAUUGGUUCAUGGAGUUUUCCAUGCCCUUGGUAUCAAAAAGUCCCACUUUCUUUAGCACUUAGCCCAAGAAUAAUCAAAGCAGUUGCGAAAUUCAAGCCUGACAUUAUUCAUGCAUCUUCUCCAGGAGUCAUGGUAUUUGGUGCUCUGGCAAUUGCGAAAUUGCUUUGCGUUCCUAUAGUGAUGUCAUACCACACUCAUGUUCCAAUAUACAUUCCUAGAUACACAUUCAGUUGGUUGGUGAAGCCAAUGUGGCUCAUUAUCAGAUUCCUUCACAGAGCUGCUGAUCUUACUUUGGUACCUUCAGCUGCUAUUAGCAAAGAUCUUUUAGCUGCUCAUGUAACAGCAGCUAACAAGAUACGCCUUUGGAACAAGGGAGUCGAUUCAGAAAGCUUCCACCCUCGAUUCCGUAGCCAUCAAAUGCGCAUGAGAUUAAGCAAUGGUGAACCAGAAAAGCCCUUGUUGAUUCAUGUUGGACGAUUAGGAGUCGAAAAGAGCUUGGACUUUUUGAAAAGGGUUAUGGAUAGGCUGCCAGGCGCAAGAAUUGCUUACAUAGGAGAUGGACCAUAUCGGCCCGAGUUGGAGAAGAUGUUUGCCGGUAUGCCUGCUGUAUUCACAGGGAUGUUACAUGCGGAAGAGCUUUCUCAAGCAUAUGCCAGUGGGGAUGUCUUUUUGAUGCCUUCAGAAUCUGAAACACUUGGCCUUGUCGUAUUGGAGGCCAUGUCGUCUGGAGUUCCUGUGGUUGCAGCUCGCGCCGGAGGCAUCCCUGACAUCAUACCGAAGGAGCAAGAAGGCAAGACCAGUUUCCUCUUCACUCCCGGGGACAUUGAUGACUGCGUGGACAAGAUCGAGUGCCUCUUGUCUUGUGAAGAGUUAAGAGUAGCUAUGGGCAAGGCCGCUCGAGAGGAGAUGGAGAAGUAUGAUUGGAGAGCAUCGACACGGAAGAUCCGCAACGAGCAGUAUAAUGCAGCAAUCUGGUUCUGGAGGAAGAAGAGAGCACAGCUGUUCCGGCCAUUCCAGCGGCUGAUGAAGAAGCUCAGGUCACAACAGAUCAAGUGUGUAUGAUACGAGUAAGAAACGGAGGCAGUAUGGCUUUGCCACAAUUACUAAUGAUCAAAAUUUUUAUCUCACUAAAUAUAGUUGAUUAUAUGAAUUCUCCUAUGUUUUGGACUCGAUUUUCUAUCAUAUUCCUGUGCCGUUUUAUGAAA